AUGAAAAGAAACUUGAAGAAGCCCAAGCCGAAAGAAACGGAAGAUGAUGAUCAUCUUAGGAUUUCAGACAACAACACCACCAUCUCAAACCGCAAGAUGGUUUCAACUGAAGAAACUGCUUCCAAUUGGGGAUCUUCUGCUACUUCCAAGGUUUCUAAGGAUGUUGCAGCCGGAUUUUCUCUCAUGGAUCCUUUCACGUUAGGGUUUUCCGUAGGCGAUUACUUCCCAGCUGAUCCAAUGGAGGUCACAUAUAAUUGGGGGGUCUGUGCCAACAAUGGUGUUUGGGAUCCUUCUUGGCUAGAUUUUGAUUUUUCAUCAACACUAUUUACUAAUGAUUGGACUGUUUCUGGCUACAACCCACUUUUGGGAGCCACUGAUUUUUUUAACGCGAGCACUUUCCAAACGUCCUCUGCUGACAUUAACAACUCACUUUCCAUCACUGAAGCAAAUCAACUCAUUUUCCAUAGAUGA